AUGCCAAAUCUCGAUCUUCUACGACAAAUCGAAUCAGCUGUCUUGUCAUGCGUUUCAUCAGAUGCUCAACGUCGACAACAAGCCUAUGACUACGUCGAAAAGAUCAAAUCUGAUCCAAAUCAAUCCUUAUCGAUUGGAUUUGACUUUUUCGAUAAAUCUCAAACGUUCGAUCCAUUAGUGAAGCAUUUCGGUUUGCAAUGUAUUGAAGAAACAAUCAAAUACAAGUGGACAGCGCUCGAUUCGCAAUUGAAAGUGUCGAUUAAGGAACGUUUAUGGUUGUUAAUGAACGAACAAGAUCAACUACCUACGCACUUAAAAACAAUUCUAGUUCGUUGUGUUUGUGAGAUAGCCAAACGUGAAUGGCCACAACAAUGGCCCUCGUUUCUUGAUGAACUUGUCUCAUUAUCGAAAACGAAUUCAACGAACGAGUAUUCAUUGUUAAUCUUAGCGUAUCUCAUCGAAGAUGUGAUUGUUCUUCAAACAUUGAAUCAAAUACGAAAGCGAGACAUUCAAACCACAUUAUUACAACAUGGGAAUAAACUUUUAGAGUUUAUUGAAUAUUUUCUGGAUUUACCAAAUACAAUUUCCAGUUCUCUUUAUGCAUUGACCAUGUUUGCAACAUUUCUGCCGAUCGACUUAUUUUUUUCUACGAAAAUCAUCGAUAAAAUCGUUCUGUUACUAAACUCAUCAACUCAUCGAAUGAAAGCAGCUGAAUUUCUUAGUGUUAUUUCCGAUCGUCGAGGAAAAUACGAAGAACGUUUGCCAUUACUUCAACUCUACCCUUAUUUAUUUCAAUCUGGAUCUCAAUACAACGAUCUCUUUUCUGCCAUUCAAGUCAAACAACCCUACGAAACUUAUGAUUUCAUGAAACAAUACGCAAUGGUUAUCACGGCACUGUGUGAACAGUUAUGUUACUUAUGUGGCGGAGAAGACACAAAUAAGAAGACGCCACUACCCGAACAAUUUUCCAACGGAGUAUUUCUACAAGUUCUCAUAGCAUUAAUGCAACAUCCGAGUAUUUAUAUAUCGUUGUACGGCUAUCAGAUGUGGCUACAAUUACUCAAAGCAAAUAUAUUUCAAGAAAAUGACUAUAAAAACAUUUCACCCAUUGUUCUUCGAGCUCUAUGUCAUUCAUUAGUUAAACAACCUUACAAACAAAUAGAUCAAGAACAAGAGAUAGCAUCUUAUUACAUUCGUUAUGAUUAUGAAGACGAAUCUGAUUAUCAGAAAUUUAUUGGCAAAAAUCGAACGAUUCUCAUUCGAUCAAUUGAUAAUGUUUGUAAAAACAAUGAUCAGUUGGCAAUAGCUAUACGGAUCGGUUUUGAUUACGCGGAUUAUUGUUUUCAACCAGCGAAUCUUACUAAUCUCUUACUUUUUGAAUCCCUAAUUGCCUAUUGGCAAAUAAUCGAACGACAUUCACGAGCAUUAUUAACACCGCGGGAAGUAUUCAAUCAUCUGAAUAUCCUUUCAGAUGCAGAUCAAUUAGCUUUUUGUCAACGUGGACAGACAUUGAUUCAACAGCUAUUAUCGAUAAAUGAUCACGAAAAUCUCGAUUUUGUAGCAUACUCGCUACGUUUGUUAACAUGUUUGUAUGUUUUUACACGCGGAGAACAAUCGUGGACGCAACGAAUUCUCGAACAUCUAUUUCGUGUUUUGACAACAGAGAGAAAUCUGGGAUCCCAAAUGAGCCCAUUACAAAAGCAAGCAAGUUGCUUAAUUGAUCUAUGUCUGAAUUAUGGUCCUUCAAUCUUUGUUUACUUCAAUGAUUUAUUUCAAGUCACACAAAAUUUAGUUCAACAACAGACAGCAAAAGAUCAAUCGAUUCGACUUGCUGGUUGGCAAUGGAGUAUUCUAGUAGAAUGUUUAGCGAUUCUUUUGAAUUACUUUCAAUCGUAUCAACAACAGGCAAUGUACAUCAAUGGACUUGUUGAACCUUUCGCGCAAAUUCUAACACAAUUUAAUACGAAUGUCAACGAUAUACAAGGUUUUAUUGAUUAUAUUGGACUGAAACCAACACCAGAUGCGAACUCAACCAAUAAUCAACGUUUCGUUCUACUCAGUGUUCAUAUUCUCUGCGGUCUUCUACGACGUAUUGUAUUACCAACUGAUCCUUCGAUUUGUUCGACGAACGGUUAUCAGGAAACGUUCGAAGGAACAGUAUUCAUUCGUAAUCCAGCUGCACCAGCAUAUCUUCAAUUGACCAAUUGUGUAUUUAAAUUAUUAACCUAUUGCCAUGCUUUACACGCUCCAAAUUCGCCAUUAGCACAAGGUGCAUUUUCUUUUCUUUCGACCAUGACUGAAGCGGAAAAAGCCGUUUAUCUUCAACAAGAAAAUAACGAUGAUUAUAAUGCAUCAUUAGCAACGACAACAACAGCGACGACUCUAUCCGAAAACGAUCGUCGUCUACACAAUCGAUUUUCUUCAUUUCUUGAUCGAUUACAAAUUCUCAUCGGAACGUAUUUUACCUUAAAACCUGAUUUAUAUCAAAUCAAUGAUGCUUUGAAUACGAUUGGCACAACAUUGUUCACAUCACUUGAUCAUCUACCAGAUUUUCGUGUACGAAAUAUGAUUCGCAACUGUUUCCUCCCAUUUGUUCGUCAUUGUCCGGCGAAUACAAUUCUCAUUGCAGUUUUAGAACCAUUGCUUCCAUUUAUGUACACAAAAUUAAAAGAUAAAUGGAAAAUCAUCACGGAGAGACAAACAAUCAAAGUAACAAAUGGAAAUACAAUCGUGAAUAAUGGCGAAGACCAUCAAUCACAAGACCGAUGUGAAGAAGAAGUCGUCGAAGAACAAGUAACUUGCUACUUAACGCGUGAUUUCAUCGAUGUAAUAAGAAGUUUACUAACACGUCAACUAAAUAAUAAUAAUCUAGGACCGUUAGCAACGAAUGGGAAUGAUAUUGAUGAAACAAGUAUGGAUGAUACCAUGCCAACAGAUGAACAGAAUGCUACCGAAAAUGUUACACGAAAAGUCCUACCGAUGAAUCGCAAUCAACAAGUUCCAAGUGAAUUUGGUUUGAAAAUUUUACAAGAAUCAUCACGUAUUUGUCAAUAUUGCCUUUUGAUUCUUUUCGAUGGUCUUUCCUGGCCAGACACAUCUUCAGUGACUAAACUGUCUCAUAUCUGCCAUGCAUUAAUCAAACAUUUGUCUGUUCUUAUCAAUGGCAAUCAUGAUUUUCUACGUCAACUUUACAUUUAUAUUCUAUGUGCUUUAAAAAUCCAUGGUGAUAACGAACCCAUUGCUUGUAUAUUACUUUCAUUAGCUGUGUUAAUGUACGAAACAUUCCAGCAGACAUCAUCGAAUCUGUUUGAUAGUGUUCUUGUAGAAAUUCCCGAAGUAACUAAUGAACAAGUAAAUACUUAUCGUGAUAAAAUGCAGAAACAAGUGAAUGGCAAAGCGUUGAAUGAUAAACAAAAACGUGAUAUUUUAAGACAUCUAGUUCAACCUUUAAUGGCUCAAAAUGUUGCUCAAAUGUUUAAACGUGAACCAUUAGCACUCAGUGAUUUGCCACCGUUGAUACGUUUUUCGAAACGUGCACUUCAUCCGGUUCUACAAUACCUUCGUCAAUCCAAUGCAGAUCAGGACGAAGAUCAUGGAUUAGCCAGUUUAUUUCAACACCCUGAUGAUUAG